AUGAUUUAUUUCUCUGUCAACCUCCUUGGUUUAAGAGUGGUCAUUUCUUGCAUAGGACUUGUGGGUAAUGUAUUUCUUAUCCUCGCCAUCAUUCAGACUAAGCUUGCCCGAGUCAAAUCCUUUGAGUUGUUCCUCUUGGGACUGUCCACUGCCAACUUGGAAGAAAUUGUCAUCGUGAACAUCUACGAUAUUAUCAUCCUCCAAACUCCCUCCUCCAACAUCAAAACUUGGUUGUGCCGCACGCUCCAGUUCCUGACGAUGUUUGGAGAAAUCGCCAGCAUCCUCUUCACCGUCCUCAUCUGCAUUUUUCGAGCGCAGAAGCUGAGGGAGGUUGAAAAGAGGGUCAAACCGAUCUACCUGGACAACGCCAGGUCGGCUUUGAUGGUGAGUGGGCUUUUGGUGAUGCUUGCCACGCUGCUUUGUAUCCCAGUUUUUGCCAUUAAGCUUCAAGGCCUUCCGGGAAACACAACAAGGAAUAGCAGCAGCUGCCCUCCCAACUUUUUUCAUUGUAUUGGGAACGAUUGCCCCAUAUUCAACCGCGUUUACAAGUACACAUUCAUCCUGGUGUGCUUCCUGCUGCCUCUGAUCAUUGUCACAGUCACCAGCUGCCUCAUCAUCGCGGUGCUGCUGAACCAGGGGAAGACGGUGACACCGGGCGUGAGUGAGAUUGGGUCGAGCCAGUUCAGUAUGAAGAACAAGGUCCAGAGGCUCCAGAGAAGCACAAUAGCUGUGCUGGCAGCGAUGGGGUUGUUCCAGGUAGACUGGAGUCUCUACCUGAUCUUCCAGCUGACCGUUAGCCCCACUGACUUUGCGUUUUGGGCUGAGACUGAGUUCUUUCUCACAACUUCCUACACAUCGAUCAGUCCCUAUGUGUACGGGUUUGGGAAUAGCCUGUUUUUAUGCAAGAACUUUAUUAAGAAGUAA